AUGUCCCAAUGGUUUUUCUCUAGCACGUUGGUCUGGGUGCGCUACGUUGGAACACUAUUCUGCGCUUCUGACUGGCUGUACGCAGGGAGUCUCCGUCUUGGUGGGAGGGCGAGGGAAUUUUUUACCUGCUUGUUGGUUCAAUAUUAUCACUGCAACAGCUUAACCAUACUCGGGGUGAGCUACUCAGCUGCGUACCUCAGUGAUACAAGCCUGACCAAAAUCAUGCAAGUCAUCAUUAUCACUCGUUUAGAUGCCACGUAUCAAGCAUCGGGAAAGAUGCUCAUCUUUCUUGUCGUAAUCGUCUCGGCUGUCAGGCUCGCUGGUGGGGUUCUCAUCGGAAAGAAUAAGCAGCCGUCUCAGGGGUGCAUAGGCUCGUCGGAUGAAUUCCAGAGGAACUUGUCCUCUACGGCACCCAUCAAAGCGCUUACGACUUUGGGGAUGCCAAAUCUCUGA